AUGCUUGUGAUCUACCUCUUGUUACUAGCGGCAGUCAAUUUCAUAGAAGAGGCGCACAGUGAAAAUUGGCACCGUUUCGAUGUUAAAGACGAUGAUGAAGCAGAAAACCAAUAUGCGUUCAACAAGCCAAAAGCAAACGGUAUGAAUGAACAAGUUCUUUCGAACGUCCGAAUGGAUAGAAAAGACUUAAGAAGCGUUCAACCCAUAAAUUUCAGAACAGUUGAUGGAUUGGCAGAUGAUAAUGGCGUUGAAAUUUCAAAAAGACUUCUGCUAAGAGGAGAUUUGGGAAAGAGGUUUAGAGAAUUAUCUGAUGCAAACUACGAAGAAAAUUAUAAAUUUAUCACAAAAAGAGGAAAAUUAAGGAAAGACUUAGGUAAAAGAUUGAUAUUGAGAAAAGAUUUAGGAAAAAGGGGUAUUUUCUUAGAAGGAGCAAAAAAGCCACCCAGAUUGAGAGUGGAUCUGGGGAAAAGAUUUUUACGAAACGACCUGGGUUGA